GGAAGUCUCACCGGAAGUGGAGCUGGUGCAGCUCGGACUCCCGCCCCUGCAGCCCGUGCCAUCUUGUGUUUAGCAGGAACAAAAAACGGGAGGAGGGACGGGUCCAGACGGAGGAUGGGGUGCGGGUUCUAGGCCCAAUCUAGGCCGGUUCGGUGGGCCAGUAUGUCCGGACGGGAAUCUUUGCAAGGACACAUCAGCCACACCCCGCGGAGCAGCUGAUGGUACCGUUAGCCUGCCAGCUAACGCGCUAAGCUAUUAGCUCAGGAGCGGCGGAGACCGGAGCUGCGGAACGGACCGUUAGAGACCCGCAGACCCUCCCAGAACCAGCGGCUGGACCGCAGCGACUCCCCAAAACCCAGAAGAACUGGGACGGACAUGAACCAGGAGUUCUGCUGAGGGGAAACCCGCGAUAUGAGGAUCGAGACUGGCUGCUAGCUUUGCUGCUAACCGUUAGUUUUUCGGUCCAGAGAGGAACCUCAAGAAGCUGCGGUGCAGCCAUGCCCUCCAGUGCGCGUGUGGGGAGCCUCAAGGACCCCGAUGUGGCCGAUCUGUUCUGCAGAGACGAUCCGGAGAAGCUCUUCACUGACCUCAGGGAGAUCGGACACGGCAGCUUCGGAGCCGUCUACUUCGCGCGUGACGGACGCAGCAAUGAGGUGGUGGCCAUUAAGAAGAUGUCCUACAGUGGCAAGCAGACCAAUGAGAAAUGGCAGGACAUCAUCAAGGAGGUGAAGUUCCUGCAGAAGCUGCGACACCCCAACACCAUCGAGUACCUGGGCUGCUACCUGAAGGAACACACGGCGUGGCUGGUGAUGGAGUACUGCCUUGGCUCGGCCUCUGACCUGCUGGAAGUCCACAAGAAGCCGCUGCAGGAGGUGGAGAUCGCCGCCAUCACCCACGGAGCGCUGCAGGGUCUGGCUUACCUGCACUCUCACAACAUGAUCCACAGGGACGUGAAGGCCGGGAACAUCCUGCUGACGGAACCGGGUCAGGUCAAGCUGGGCGACUUUGGGUCGGCCUCCAUCGUGUCUCCAGCCAACUCCUUCGUCGGAACGCCGUACUGGAUGGCUCCAGAGGUGAUCCUGGCCAUGGACGAGGGUCAGUACGACGGGAAGGUGGACGUCUGGUCGCUCGGCAUCACCGGCAUCGAGCUGGCUGAGAGGAAGCCGCCGCUCUUCAACAUGAACGCCAUGAGCGCCCUGUACCAGAUCGCCCAGAACGAGAGCCCAGUGCUGCAGUCCAACCACUGGUCCGACUCGUUCCGCAGCUUCGUGGACUCGUGUCUGCAGAAGAUCCCUCAGGACCGUCCCACCUCAGACGUCCUGCUGAAUCACCGCUUCCUGAGCCGCGAGCGCCCGCUGACGGUCAUCAUGGACCUGAUUGCGCGGACGAAGGAUGCCGUGCGGGAGCUGGACAACCUGCAGUACCGCAAGAUGAAGAAGAUCCUGUUCCAGGAGACGCAGCAGAACGGGCCGCCGUCCGAGGGCGGCGACGACGACGAGGAGGCAGAGCCCUACCUGCUGCAGGGCGGCACGGUGAACAGCAUGGAGAGCUCCCAGUCUGUUCCCAGUAUGUCCAUAUCAGCCAGUUCCCAGUCCAGCUCCGUCAACAGCCUGGCGGACGCCUCCGACGACAGCAGCGGUGACAUGGCCAUCCUGCAGGAGGGCGAGAACACCGUCACCUCCAACAGCUCCAUCAUCCACCGUCCCACGGCUCAGGACAACAUCUACGACGACCCGUACCAGCCGGAGCUGGAGCAGCCGCAGGCCCCCUCCGCCGGGCGCCGCCGGGCCUUCUACCGGAACCGGGACCACUUCGCCACCAUCCGGACCGCCUCCCUGGUGACCCGUCAGAUCCAGGAGCACGAGCAGGGCUCGGCGCUGCGGGACCAGAUGUCCGGCUACAAGCGCAUGCGGCAGCUGCACCAGAAGCAGCUGCUGGGCCUGGAGAACAAGCUGAAGGCCGAGAUGGACGAGCACCAGCUGAAACUGGACAAGGAGCUGGACGCCCAGAGGACCGGCUUCUCCGCCGAGCUCGACAAGCUGGCCCGCAAGAACCAGGCCGUCCUGGAGAAAGAGGUCAAAGCCGCUCUGGCCGAGGAGAAGAAGUUCCAGCAGCAGAUACUGGGACAACAGAAGAAGGAGCUCAACUGUCUGUUGGACUCCCAGAAGCGCCAGUACCGCCACCGCAAGGAGCUGCUGAAGGAGGAGCUGAGUGAGAACCAGUCGACCCCCAAGAGGGAGAAGCAGGAGUGGCUGAUCCAGCAGAAGGAGGUGAUGCAGCAGCUGAUGGCGGAGGAGGAGGCCGGCCUGCUGCGGCGCCAGAGGCAGUACUACGACCUGCAGGGCCGCCAGUACAAGAGGAAGAUGCUGCUGGCCCGCCACAACCUGGAGCAGGACCUGCUGCGAGAGGAGCUGAACAAGAAGCAGAUCCAGAAGGACCUGGAGUGCGCCAUGCUGCUGCGGCACCACGAGUCCACCCAGGAGCUGGAGUUCCGGCAGCUCGGUUCGGUCCAGAGAACCCGGGCUGAGCUGAUCCGGACCCAGCACCAGACCGAGCUCACCAACCAGAUGGAGUACAACAAGCGGCGCGAGGACGAACUGCGGCAGAAACACGCCGUGGAGGUCCGGCAGCAGCCCAAGAGCCUCAAGUCCAAAGAGGUCCAGAUCAAGAGGCAGUUCCAGGAGACCUGCAAGAUCCAGACCCGGCAGUACAAGGCGCUCCGGAACCACCUGCUGGAGACCACGCCCCGGUCCGAACACAAGCUGGUUCUGAAGCGGCUGAAGGACGAGCAGACCCGGAAGCUGGCCAUCCUGGCCGAACAGUACGACCACUCGGUCAACGACAUGCUGUCCACGCAGGCCGUCAGCAAGCUGCGGCUGGACGAGACGCAGGAGGCGGAGCAGCAGGCGCUGCGGCUGCUGCUGCAGCAGGAGCUGGAGCUGCUCAACGCCUACCAGAGCAAGAUCAAGAUCCACACGGACGGGACGCACGACCGCGAGGCGCAGGAGCUGGAGGCGCGGGUGGCGCUGCGCCGCGCACUGCUGGAGCAGAGGAUCGAGGAAGAGAUGGUGGCGUUGCAGGCGGAGCGGUCGGAGCGGAUCCGGACGCUGCUGGAGCGCCAGGCCCGGGAGGUGGAGGCGUUCGACUCGGAGAGCCUGCGGCUGGGCUUCAGCGGCAUGGCGCUGGGCGCCGCCGACGGUUACCCGCCGCCCGGCCCGGCCGCCAGCGGCUGGCCGGCCCGGCCCGGCCCGCGUUCCGGCGGCCACUGGAGCCACGGCCUCCAGAGCUCGCCGGCCGGCCCGGCCUGGCGCGGCCAGAACCACGGCGCCGGCUUCGGGCGGGCCGAGCCAAGAGCCCGCGUCCCCUCUCACCACCAGCAGCAGCUGUACCAGCACCACCAGAGCACGCCGCAGCUGUACCGCGACGAGCGCGACGGUCGGGAGCGCCAGGCCCGGGAGUGGCCCUCCGGCGGCGGCCACUACUCCCAUCAUGCCCGGGGCCUCCAGCAGCUCUCCUACCACGCCUCCUCCCAGUCGCUGGCCGUGCUGCCUCCUACCGCGCCUCCCCCCAUUUCCUUCUCCUGCUCCUCCCCCGCCUCCUCCGCCUCGUCCUCGCAGGGCGGCUACGGCGGCGGCCUGGGCGUCCGCGGCCCCGGACUGGCCCUCAGGAACAGCCCCCAGCCGCUGAGGCGCACGGCGUCCGGAGGCCCUGGCGGUGGCGGCGACGGGGGGCUCAGCCGGAGCACCUCCGUCACCUCCCACAUCUCCAACGGCUCCAACCUGUCCUUCUCCUGAGACGUCCGCCCGUGGCCUUCCCAGGAGCCACCGGGCGGCGCCGCAGAGGGGCCACGAGGCACUCAGCAGCUCCUGGGAGUCAGCUGCUGUCUCCAAGUGGUCCGAGGAAACGGCGCUCCAGGACGCUCCACCAGGCGCUUCACGCCACAGAAACCCAGGAGUCUUUAAGUCUCUGAGAAGCGUCCUGGAGCUGCAGCUCCUCCAGAGACAGCGGGCAGUUGGCCCUCAGGGACCGGAGAUGAGAACCCGACGGUCCGGUCCAACUGAAGGCGAUGUUCAUCAGAACCUCAGGAGGCCCGGUCCUCAGACCGUCGAUCCCUCUUGGCUCAGAAGCCGUGACGUCGUCAGGAACCCAGGCGUUCCUGACGAGUCAUGUUGCUGAACCAGAUAUCUCCUCUCGGGUCCCAUUGUUGGUUCCGACCCGCUGAGUUGCACAGAGACCGGGGCAGAGCUGAUGUGGAUGUGUGUAAAUACGGGCGUCCAGCAGGGGGCAGCAUUGAUACGGCUGCUGUCCUCAUCCAGGUUGACCCAAAACGAUCGGGUUCAGAACCUGGGGUCGUCUGCAGGUUUCGUCCUUUCUGGUCCUCAGUCAGAACUUUUCUAGUGAUCCGGGAGGACCCAGAUCAGUGAGCAACAUUAAUCCUCAGGAUUAAAUAACUUCAGCUGGAUUAUUGAUGAUGUAAUUCCUGCUGGCUGCAGAUCAGGGCUGUAAAAACACUAACAGGAUCAUCUGACUGAGGAUCCAGCAAACCGGGAAUCCUGCACACCUGUCCUCCAAUCAGAGGACAGGUGUGUGUGUGUGUGUUUGGGGUGUGUGUGUGUGUGUGUACGCAGCACCGAUGGCUCAUCGAACAGGUCUGUCUGCCUCUGCAGGUCAGCCGCUGUACAGUGAACACGAUGCACACUACCUAUUUAUAGAGCUGACAGCAGGUGAGGCAGGAGUCCUGAUGGGGGCGCUGUUCAACACUGAUUGGCUUUAUUAUUGUUGUACAUAGAAGCACUAACUGUAAGACUGUAAUAAGUAAUAAUUAUUUUGUCACGUGAUUUAAGCCAAUUUGUACUAGAAGCAGGCAGACGCCAUCCCAUAAUAACUACUGCAGCAGUCGGAGUAUUUAUGUUAAGAUGUCAUUGCCUAUGUUGACCACUAGGUGGGAAAUAAAUGCAAUGUUACUGUGAUAGAACUAUAAGAAUUAAAUAUUUCCAGGACUACA